AGCAACAUGGCGGAGGUGAUACGCAACAUGUUCCAACAAACGGGUCAAGUCCGUUUCUUGGACGACGCGAUCAUUCUGCACCGAAAAGCUUUAGAACACCCACCACUCAGGAAUGGCGAUCGGGCUUCCUCACUUCGUGGCCUUGCGAUCUGUCUCGCGGAUAGAUAUGACCGUCGACGGAAUGUUGCUGACUUGGAAGAAGCCAUCACGCUUGGACGUUUAGCACUAGAGAUCUGUCCACCAGGGCAUCCAGAUCAUUGUGUAUCUCUCAACAAUCUUGCAUGUGAUCUCAGGAAGAUGUUCGCGAAACGGGCUGCCAUCUGCGACUUGGAGGAGGCAAUUGAGUUGCACCGCGCAGUUUUGGAGUUACGCUUCCCCGGAGAUCCUCCUCGAUAUUCAUCGCUCCACUCACUCGGUCUCUGCCUUGUGGAUAGAUAUAAGACAGAAGUCACCACACUUGGACGCACAGCAUUAGCACGCCGUCCACCUGGGAGCGCUGGUCGUGGCACAGCUGAUCUUGAUGAGGCCAUUGCGCUUGAGCGAGAAACCCUACAGCUACUCACACCCGGAGAUCCU